AUGACAAUACAGCAAUCUGCAAGAAGACUGGGGCUUCCAAUGAUGAAUCUUGUGAGAUUAAAUGGAACUCCCAUUUUGAAUCAACUGCAUUUGGAGGAAAAGCUGCUGCGAACAUCAUCUGACAAUUGGUGUAUCAUAAAUGAUGGAGCAGAUACUCCAGCCAUUGUCAUGGGGGUCUCUGGGAAGCCUUCAGAACUUCUUGAAGUUGGCUGUGUCUUACAAGAUCAGGUUCCCGUGAUUAGAAGGUUUACUGGGGGAGGUACUGUUAUUGUUGACAGUGGGACUAUUUUUGUCACCUUAAUAUGCAACAAGGAUGCUGUUCCUGGUGUGCAACCAUAUCCCCGUUCUGUCAUGUCUUGGAGUGGUCUGUUGUAUAAUGAAGUGUUUCAAGGGACUGCUGAUUUUCAAUUACGUGAGAAUGAUUAUGUCUUCGGUGAUUGCAAGUUUGGUGGAAAUGCUCAGUCUAUUACCAAAAAUCGAUGGAUACACCACACCUCUUUUCUGUGGGAUUAUGAAGUGAGGAACAUGGCCUACCUUAAACAACCUGCAAGGGCUCCCAAGUACAGAUUGGCACGAGACCACACAGAAUUUAUCUGCCGAAUGAAGGAUUACAUGCCUAGAUCAAUUUUCAUCGAGAAGACUGUUGAAAAAAUUGAAACCUAUUUCUCAGUGCAGCCAGUGAACUUGGAAGCGAUUUGUACAUCAUCCGAAGCGAACUUUGUUCGUUCCACCAGACUUCUUACUAAGCAAGAACUUGAGGAAGCUUGUGAAUCUCAGACACAGAAAAUUGGUGUCAAUGCCUAAGUUUAUGACUGAACAGUUAGUUGGGAAUUGCAGAGGGCUAGCUUCACGCUUGAUUUGUCAUUUCCUUGAGGGAGUAUUUUACUCAAUUCUUGAUAUGGACAUUGUUGUGCUAUUGAACCAUAUUUGGAAACAGGAUUUAUAAUAUUAAUUUUGCUACGUGUGAUACUAUUUUA